AUGGCUCCCACGGCGCCCUUCGAGCCGCAGCAGCGGAAAUCGCGGCAGGAGGAGGAGCCGCCUGCUGAAAUCCUGCCAGGUGUCGAACCCGAGGGGUGGAAACGCACCGGCGAGCAACUGGCUAAAAUCCCCUGGUUCGGAAUUCCAGAGUGGGUGAGGGAGACGUAUGAAGGGAUGCAUCACGCUGAGAUGCAGUUACCAGGGUUUGAAGGCCCUGUGACGCUAGACACGUACAAGAAGCGGUUUGAGCUGCUGUUGCAUGUGGAAGAGCUUCAAAUGGAGGCGGACAUUCGUUACUAUGACAUGAAGGGAGUGACUGUGCUGCCGUGCGGGAGUCGAAAUGUGAGCGAGUUUUACCAGCUGACGGUGCCUGGGCUGGCGGAGAAACGCCCGUCCGUGCUGCUUGGCGAUCGGGUGUAUCUGACGUUUGCGAACGAGGCGGGAGCAAGGAGGCGGAUUGAGUAUCAGGGAUUCGUGCAUAGAGUGGAGAGGGAGAGCGCCAUCCUGCGCUUCCACCCUGAUUUCCACCGCCGAUUCAUCCCCGGCCAGCUCUUCAACGUGCGCUUCGAGGUGCCCCGCAGCCCAGUCAGAGCGUGCCACCUGGCGCUGGGCCUCGCAAACCGGCACCUGGGGCAGCACGUGCUGAUGCCUUCAGAAAUUCCCCAGCGGCUCUUCAGCAUUGAAAUCCCCGCCGUCCGCCCCUUUGAUCGCCAGCUGAACGUGGAGCAACGAGAAGCAGUGGCACAGCUGCUGGUGCGCUCUCGCCUGCAGCUGGGCGCACGGCCCGAGCCCUACCUCCCUCCCUACAUCGUCUUUGGUCCCCCUGGCACCGGCAAGACCAAGACGGUCGUUGAAGCUAUCUUACAGGUGGUGAAGGGGAUGCCCUCGGCACGUGUGCUUGUGUGUGCGCCGUCCAACAGCGCCACUGACAACAUCGCACUCCUCCUCAAAGGCAACCUGCAGGUGCGCGAGAUGCUGCGCCUUUACUCCGUGAGCCGUGGUCGGGACGAGGUGUCCCCAGAGGCACCUUCACACAUUUACAUUGACGAGGCAGGCCAUGCCAUCGAGCCGGAGGGCAUUAUCCCUAUCGCUUGCCACUGCCUCAUCCCUGUCACUUUCUCUUCCUUCUUUUAUGUACCCGACCCAACAGAUCACUCUCUCUUCCUCCUUCCCUGCAACCCACCCACAGGCGUCCCUCGAGGCACUUUCACUCACAUUUUCAUUGACGAGGCAGGCCAUGCCAUCGAGCCGGAGGGCGUCCCCAGAGGCACCUUCACGCACAUCUUUAUAGACGAGGCAGGCCAUGCCAUCGAGCCGGAGGGAAUCAUCCCAAUCGCAUGCCACGCCGCGCCACAUGCCGUGAUCCUAUUGGCCGGCGACCACAAGCAGCUGGGCCCAGUCGUGCGCUCCCUCGCCGCCCGGAAGUACAAGCUCCCCUGCUCGUACCUCGAGCGGCUGGCAAGCCUUGGCAUUUACUCGGCGGAGGAUCAGGAAGAUGGGAGUUACAUUGGUUACAACACGAGCGCGAUCACGAAGCUAGUCAAGAACUACCGGUCGCACCCGAAAAUUUUGGAGCUGCCCAACGAAAUGUUUUACGAGGGGGAGCUGGAGGCUUGUGCGGACGAGAUGGCCCGAUCUUCGCUCUGCCGGUGGGACGAGCUGCCCAACAAAAACGAAUUCCCGAUAAUUUUCCACGGGGUGAUGGGGAAGGAUGAGAGGGAGGGCAACAGCCCUUCGUUUUUCAACCCGACCGAAGCAAGCGUGGUUCUUAAAUACAUUACGUCUUUAAUGGGCUACAGGAGCCAGCGGGUUCCAUUGACUGACAUUGGGGUGGUUACCCCGUAUCGGAAGCAGAUGCAGAAGAUGCAGCAGCUGCUGCGAGGGAAGGGGAUGGAUGCAGUGAAGGUGGGGAGUGUGGAGGAGUUUCAGGGGCAGGAGAGGCGGGUUGUGAUUGUAUCGACUGUGAGAUCGAGCCAGCAGUUUGUGGAGUUCGAUUAUAAGCACAAUCUGGGGUUCCUGGCGAACCCGAAGCGGUUCAAUGUGGCUGUAACGAGGGCCAAGCAGCUGCUUAUUAUUGUGGGCAACCCCAACCUCCUGGCUCAGGAUCGCUGCUGGGGUGCUCUGCUGCAGUACUGCCGCAGAAACAAGGCCUACACAGGGUGCCCCCUCCCCGCCUCCAUCCCUCCCCCCGACCUCCCGUCUGGGUCGCAACCUGGGGGAUCCGUUACAAGCUCCUCCUCUACUACCACCAGCACCACCUUUGGUGGCCCCACUAUAUCUUCUGGCAGUGGCAGUACCACCAGCAUCACCAGCAGCAGCACUGCCGGCGGCAAUAGCGGCGGCAGCGGCGGCGGCGGCACGAGAGGCACCGUCAGCAGCACUGGUGCGACCCAGGAGCUGCUGGAUUCGCUCGCCAGGCUGUCGCUGCAGGAGGAUGACGAUGCUGACAGCGCGCGUGCUGGCGCUGAGUCAGCGCGUGCGCUGGGUGGGUUUUCAGCUGCUACUGCUCAUGAGGACCUGGAAUGGCGGGUUGAGGCGUGA